CGCGGUUAAGGGCCAACACCACAACAAACUGCAAAUUGAACAUAUAAUCCUGCAACAACCUCCAUGUCAGCAGCAAGGAAAAUAUUAGUGGUUGGCGGAACUGGUUUUUUAGGUUUGAAUGUAUGCAAGCAGGCUGUAUGGCGAGGUUGGGAAGUUAUCAGCUUAAGCCGUCGUGGUUUACCUACAGGUAUCACAUCAAAUAGCCAAGGUGAAUGGAAAUCUGAGGUGCAAUGGGUGGCGGGCGAUUCCACAGAGCCAGACAGCUACAAGGAAAUUCUGGAGGGUGUGACAGAUGUGGUCCACACGGUGGGAAUCCUCAUGGAAAAUGACUACAAGAAGAUCGUACAGGCAAAUAGUGUGACAGAUGCUAUCGAUGGAGUAGGGUCUGUUUUUGGCCAGCUCCUCGGAAUGAAAGAUAAUGGUAAUCCGUUCAAACAAGAUUCCACUCCCAAAGUGACAUACGAAAUGAUGAACCGUGACACAGCCAUUUCCCUGGCAAAGGCAGCGGCUCAAAGCCCUUCCAUUCAAUCCUACGUCUAUGUCUCUGCUACCGACCUUUUCCCAUGUAUUAGCCCUCGCUACAUUACCACCAAACGUGAAGCUGAGCGAUACCUUUUCUCUCGACCUGAAUUUCGAUCGGUCGUUCUCCGCCCCGGUUUUAUGUACAGUGAUGCACGGCCAAAUACUCUCCCUCUCGCUGGCGUGAUUGAAAUACUCAACACUGUCACUGGACCUUGCUCACGAGAUGUUGCAAGUCUACCUAUGGGAACCCUGAUGACCACGCCUGCUCUUAAUGUUGAUAGAGUUGCAGAGGCUGUCAUUGAGAGUAUAGCGAGACCCACUUUGAAAGGGAUUCUUGAUGUUAGCGAUAUGCAAAAGUUGCUCUCUACUCCUCCACAACCAGCUGCGCCUGUCAGCGCCCAUGUAUAAGAUUUUUCACUUUUAGUAUGUUUGACAGGCCAUUUUUUAUAGAGAUGUGAAUCAUACAAAUUUAGCGUGCGCAAAGUUUGCAGCUUAUUUCAUCGAUGACCAAUUUCUGAUACAAUGGCAACCCCACCCACCCAAAAACAAUAGACAUGUCCAGAUAUAAUCUAGGCUCCCACAAAAAUUAUACCAGAUAAAUCUCAUGAAAAAGUUCAAUAUAAAUGAUAGCUUUCACUUUUUAAUCGGCUAAAA